UGAUUACCAGUUUUUUUUAUUCUGUCAUUUCUAUUUAUAUUGACAAGUCGCGUUAAUUAUCGUGGUUGUUGGAACUUGUUAUUUUUGCUUACAUCGCACAAACCUUCGCACGAAAAGUAGAACAAUUAAAAUCAGACAAAAGUUUUAAAAAUUGAAUAUUAUUCCUGAUUCAAUAAUACAAAGGAAUAUAAAAUCUCGACUAAAGUGUCGACUGCGUCAGUUGGAGGUCAACAUUGUGCAGUAUAUGCAAUAAGAUGGCAGGCUUACUGCUGUGUGUAACGCGCAUUUUAUUUUUAUUUUUCUUUAAUUCGGCCCUUGUAUCUUCUGGUCUUGUGAACAAACCAGUACAAAAUGUCCCGGAGGCUUUAAUUCAAAGUGCCUUGAAUUCUUUGAAUCAGGAUUCUCCGACGCAUCAUACAUACAAGGGCGGUAACCUGAUUAGCGCGCAAAAAUUGGAAGAAUCUCCAUAUGUAAUAUAUAGACUCACGUUUGAUUUAACUCCUACUUGCAAGGAAGCAUUAGAACCUUGUCCUCGAGAAGCAUGUACCGUGGAGGUAAAACAACACGAAUUGGGAGAUAUAAACGUUUUAAGAGAAUCCAUACAAUGCAUGUAUUUGUAUCCUCAAUCUGUACAAGAUGACCCACUGCAAGUACAAGAAAAUUCUCAGGAUCAAGAUCACAUUAUUGAAAAUUUAGGUAGACAAAUUAUCAAUAAUCAAAGUGUUGAGUUAGAUCAUGAAAUUCAGAAGGAUGGAGAUCAUAGUGAAAGACCGUUUAUAGCAAUGAGAGCUUCUAGCCCUAAUUAUUGUCCAGGAUGUCCAUAUGAAUUGAAUCCAAAUUUGCCUGGAUUCGUUGUUUUUGGAGAGCAAGUAGUGAAAUCAAUGGAUGAAUUGAUACAGAAUGAUUUCAAACACAAAGUAGUUGAUAUUAUCAAAGUAACCCGUGCUGUUCCACCUUCAUCUAAUAUUAUACAAUAUCAAAUUUUAUUAUACAUAGGAGAAUCUGACUGCUUGAAAAAUGCAAUAGAACAAUCAGAAUGUUCUGUACAACCAAAUCUUCCUGUCAAGGUAUGUUUGGUAACAUUUGAAGAGCAACCUUGGCAGCAAUCUAGCCGUAAAAUAGUAAAGAAUAAUUGCACUAUGGAUGCUAAUGAAGAAAUUAAGGAGAAUAUUAGCUCUUAUUCAACAUUGAAUAGCGAAUCACUUGUAACAUCAGGAUCCAACAAAGAAAAAGUAAAUUAUGAAAAAUUGGAAGCUCUAGAAAAUUUGAAAGAUAUUCUUGAUAAUUACACUUAUUCCACAACGAAAAAAUUAGAAGAAUCAGAGCAAUCAGAAGUGACAGAACACCCUAUUCUAAAAAUUUCCAUAAACAGAAGUGAUGAUGAUGUUAAACCUCAAGGAUUUGAAAAUAAAGUAAAAGAAUUUGAUGAAUUUCUGAAAAAUUUUGAUUUACCUACAACCCAAACUCAAUUGAGUCCAGAAAUAAACAGAGAAGAAGUCAGAGAAGAAAUCAUUUAUCCAAAGAAGGUAGAUUCUGCAAAUAAUAAACCGUAUUUGUAUAGGAACAAAAGACAAGAUCUUGUAGGUGCACCUAGUAACAUAAAUAUCAAUGAUCCCACAAUAAAAGAGCUUGCAAAUAAAGGUCUCAGCAAAUUUUCAGAAAAUUCUGAAGGUUCAAAUGAACCUAUAAUAGUAGAAAUUGUUGAUGCCUCGCAACAAGUAGUGUCUGGAAUGUUAUAUAAAAUAAAAGUUAAAUUAGGUACAAGCAAUUGUCCAAAAGGUACGAAAAAUGGUUGUCAACUGAAAGAAGGAACUGAAAUUAAAGAAUGUUUAUUCAGUAUAUGGUCUCAGCCAUGGUUAGAUAAAGGAUCCCCACAAAUUACUAUCAACUGUGAUUCAAAUAAUCGCCAAAAACGAUCUUUACGAGGCAGUCAAUAUAAUCAAAAAAUGUUAAAAUUAGCUGACGAGAUAAAAGAUGAGGCAUUAUUCGAAGUUUUUAUUAAGAAAUUUGAAAAAACAUAUGAUUCAGCUGAUGAGAAACGAGAUCGUUUUAAAAUAUUUAAACAAAACUUAAAAAUUAUUAAAGACUUACAAACAUUCGAGCAAGGAACAGCUGUGUAUGGCAUUACAAUGUUCUCAGACCUCACACCUAAAGAAUUUAAAGCUCGUCAUCUAGGUCUUCGUACGGAAUUGAAACAUGAAAAUGAAAUACCUCUUCGUGAAGCUGAGAUACCAGAUGUUCCCUUACCAUCCAAUUUCGAUUGGCGCGAUCACGGUGUAGUUACACCUAUAAAAGAUCAAGGCCAGUGUGGAUCAUGCUGGGCAUUUUCCGUAACUGGAAAUGUGGAAGGACAAUAUGCAAUUAAACAUAAUCAAUUAUUAUCUUUAUCCGAACAAGAAUUAGUAGAUUGUGAUACUUUAGAUGAAGGAUGCAAUGGAGGAUAUAUGGAAAAUGCUUAUAAGAGCAUAGAAAGAUUAGGAGGGCUCGAAUUAGAAUCCGAUUAUCCUUAUGAUGCUAAAAAUGAAGAAUGUCACUUCCUUGAGGAUAAGGCUAAGGUACAAAUUGUCAGUGCUGUAAAUAUUACAUCGGAUGAAAAAAAAAUGGCACAGUGGCUAAUCAAAAAUGGUCCAAUUUCUAUUGCCAUUAAUGCCAAUGCUAUGCAAUUUUAUAUUGGAGGAGUUUCACAUCCAUUUAAUUUCUUAUGCAAUCCUAAAAAUUUAGAUCACGGAGUUUUAAUUGUAGGAUAUGGCGUUAGCAAAUAUCCUUUGUUUCAUAAAGAAUUACCGUAUUGGAUAAUAAAGAAUAGUUGGGGUCCACGAUGGGGCGAGCACGGUUAUUACAGAGUCUACAGAGGAGAUGGUACCUGUGGAGUUAACACAAUGGCUUCAAGUGCUAUAGUUGCAUGACAAAUAUAUCUAAGAAACUAAUGCCUUUAAUAAUAAUAUCUAACUUCUCCAGAAUAAAAUUAUAUUUUUUUUUUACUAAUGCAAUACGAAUAUUAGCCGCUUGUAUCUUAAAGUUUCAUGUAAUACGUUCCAAUGAUUAAACAACGUAGACAUUUUGUUUCAUAAUUAAAAUUGCAAACUCAUAAUAAAUACUCCAAAGAUAUAAAGUUUUUAUAAUUAUAAUUGUUUAGUAUCGUAAUGUUUUCAUAAUAAAAAGCAUGUUUGUUACAAAUA